CGCUGUGUCACGAGAGGUGGUUCAUUUUGUGUUUAUUGUGGCUUUGCGUGUUUGCUGUCUGUAAACUGUCAGUCACUUUAUACUGCGCUAACUAUGUACAGAGAAGAUGUCUGGAAAUCCCGCACAGCUCAAACCGGACGUUAAUGUGUUGAGCGCCGAGCAGCAAGAAAAACUGCGGCUCUUCAAGAUACAGACGCGAGUCGACAAUGAGAAGUAUUUAAGGUCUCACCCGGAAGUUGAGCUGUUAAUAGGUGACUUUUUGAGAGAUGUUCUUCUUAAAAGGCCAGUUGAUAUCCAGGAAUUUGCUGCAAGUCACUUCACCAACCCAAACCUUCAUGUGGUUAUUGGCUCCAAACUGGAAGAAAACACUGGCACGAACUGAAACAUGGCCACCACUCACUGCUCAGAGCUGUUUUUUGUGACGCUCUGUACACAGAGCAAUGAAGGUAAUAAAAUUUGUAACAGUUAAUGCAUUAGUGCAUUGGUAGAGUUGUUGUCAGCAGGCCCUAAGGAGUGCCUGAGUUCCACUGACUUUGUUCCAACAUCAAGGAUGCAGUGUUUUUGACUGUAUUUGAACUUAAAUUUAUUGCAUGUUUACCACCAGCUUUUGAGUUGGUAAAGACAGAAAAUUGCAUAAACUGAGAAUUGUCUAACUCAGAUAGAAAUACAUCUGUUUUGAAGGUACAAAACAUUUCUCAUUAUAUAUAGUACACCUUUUAAUGUAGUAGUUGAGGUAGAGAAGCUCUCCAACAAUCUAUUAAUACAAAGAGAUGCAGUUUGUUUCAUUUGUAUCAGCUACAGUGAAUGAUUGUUUUGAUGUUCAUUUAUUCUGUACUGUUUAAAUUAGUUGUUAGUCUGAAAUGCCCAUUACAGUUAGAAAAUUCUAAGGAGAUAUUU